AUGAAGUCCUCCGAUAUCGAUCAGGAUUUAUUCACAGACAGUUACUGCAAGGUGUGCAGCGCACAGCUGAUCUCGGAGUCUCAACGUGUGGCCCACUACGAGAGCCGAAAACAUGCCAGCAAAGUCCGACUGUAUUACAUGCUGCACCCCAGAGAUGGGGGCUGUCCUGCCAAGAGGCUUCGCUCAGAAAAUGGAAGUGAUGCUGACAUGGUGGACAAGAACAAGUGCUGCACGCUCUGUAACAUGUCCUUCACCUCGGCGGUGGUGGCCGAUUCGCAUUACCAAGGCAAAAUCCACGCCAAAAGGUUAAAACUGUUGCUAGGAGAGAAAACCCCAUUAAAGACCACAGCAACGCCCCUGAGUGCACUGAAGCCCCCACGGGUGGACACGGCUCCGGUGGUCGCAUCUCCAUAUCAAAGGAGAGACUCCGACAGAUACUGCGGGCUCUGUGCAGCCUGGUUCAAUAACCCUCUGAUGGCCCAGCAGCAUUAUGAUGGCAAGAAACACAAAAAGAAUGCGGCCAGAGUGGCUUUGUUAGAACAGCUCGGAACAACUCUGGAUAUGGGCGAGCUGAGAGGUCUGAGGCGCAAUUACAGAUGUACCAUCUGCAGUGUCUCCCUCAACUCCAUAGAACAGUACCAUGCCCAUCUGAAGGGGUCCAAACACCAGACCAAGUAA